CAACUUGGCCUUAUGCUUCUUUUUUCUUCUCUAUCAUCUGCCCUUCACUUCUAACAUGAAGGGUUGUGUGUUUUUCCCUUGGUUUGUGAAAAUAGUAGUGAUAACCAACAUUAUUUGCUUAAUUAGCAAUAAUGUUGAUUUAGCAGAAGCCAAGCAAAAGAAGCUGCCACCUAAAAAUAUGGCUGCACAGUGCGAUUUGUAUGAUGGAAGAUGGGUUUUAGAUUAUAAGUACCCACUUUAUAAUGCCAAAGAUUGUCCAUUCCUUUUACAGCAGUUUGAUUGUGUAAGAAAUGGCAGACCGGACAGAGCGUAUCUCGAGUAUAGAUGGCAACCGCGAAAUUGUGACUUGACCAGGUGGGAUGGAAAGGAUUUCGUGAGAAGAAUUAAAAAUAAGAAGGUGCUUUUCGUGGGAGAUUCAUUGAGCUUGAAUCAAUGGCAAUCCUUGGCUUGCAUGCUUCAUUCUGCCUUCCCUUGUGCAUAUUACAAUGUCACCAGAAAUGGAGCUCUCAUGUCAACUUUUUCUAUACCAUCGAAGCAAGUGACAGUGAGUUACGUGAGAAAUGCACUGCUGGUUGACAAAGUGAGGCAGAAAUCAAAAAGAGUGCUAAAGCUAGACUCGGUUGCAGGUUCGUCAAAGCUGUGGAUGGGUUAUGACAUCUUGAUCUUUGAUACUUGGCAUUGGUGGCUUCACACUGGAAGAAAACAACCAUGGGAUGUGAUUCAAGAUGGGAAAUACGUGCGCAAAGAUAUGGAUCGUUUAAAAGCUUACGAAAAAGCCUUGGUAACAUGGGGUAGAUGGGUUUCCGACAACAUUAAUUUCAAGAAAGUUCAGGUCUUCUUCCAGGGUAUCUCCCCUGAUCACAGCAAUGCCACCGAAUGGGGGAGAAAGACCAACAAAAUGCAAUGUUGGGGAGAAAAGAAACCCAUAAAAAAGCUAAGGUAUGGAAGUAAAGUUCAAGCAAACAUGCUGUUGGACCAAGUGUUGGGAAAAACAGGAAAGCCAGUUCAUUUGCUGAGUAUAAGCAAAAUGUCACAAUAUAGAGUGGAUGGUCAUCCUUCUAUUUAUGGAAGCCCUAGGUAUAAAGGCAUGGAUUGUACACAUUGGUGUCUUCCUGGUAUUCCUGAUACUUGGAAUCAACUUCUUUAUUCUAAUCUCAUGUAAAUUGAUAAUUGUUAUA